GCUCUUAUUGGGCUGUGCGUUUUGAAUUUUGUGCCGAGAUGUUCGGUCUGUCUAGUCAGCUGUGUGUGAGGAGUUGUUUUUACUGCUGGUCUUCAAUUAAGUCUAAAUGAGCGUCAUGGUCCAAUGAAGAUGGCCUCAAAGUGUUUUUAAGUAGAAUAUCUUGGGUAAAUCACGUAAGUAUUUCCGCAAUUACGGGAGUCCUCCCUUUGCCUCUUGGUCACAUUGUUGGGAAGGUGCUGAACGCUUUAAAGGAGCAGACAUGCAUCAAAGAAUUAAAGAGUCAGUGGAACAGAUAGGCGCUUCAACCUUGGAGUCUGUUUUAUCUCAUCAUACAAUCCCUCCUUGAGUGCUAGAAAAAUUGUGUGUACUAUAACUCUGACUUUGAAGAAACAAGUGUCUCUUUUUACUUCCCAAAAAGACAGAGGCUGGAAAGGCGAAGGAUUUAGAGGGCUAAACCCUCCCACGUCCAGCUCAGGAAACCCGGGGCCCUCUGCUCUUCCUCUACAGUGACGGCACUUUGUCACGCUCACGGCUCUGUAAUGGAUUUCACAUGCACUCACACGGCCCAGCCUCGUCCCCUUCUUCAUCUCCUCCUCCUCCUCCUCCUCCUCCUUAUACGAUCUGCUCUCCUCUGACAAGAGUGAUGUAGGGUCACGAGAAUGGGGAAACACCUUCCAAGGAGAAAACACACAUGCACACAUGAAUUUUCACAACACACACACAGAGCACUGUGCUGAAUGGUGAGAGAGCUGAACAUGCUGCAUGAAGCGGACUCGGAUAGCAACAUUUCUCCAGACUGAAGUAUUGAAGUGGCUUGAAGGAUAAAGAAAUGGACCCAAAAUCCUCCACACUUCCAUACUCCUGAACCGUGGAGACACAGGCGAUCAGAGAACAGGCAGAAAGUGAAUCUGAGAUUAAGAGUGCAAAGGAAAGAGGAGUGCGAUAUUUCUUCAUCACCUGAUUUGCAGAGCUCUAACAUGGGAUGACAUCAAUGAGUUAAGUUGUGUCCCAGCGUAUCCUGACUGAUAAUCCGACCGGACCCUGGCCUCUGAGCUCGGACCCCUAACCCUGGAGGAGCAGGGGGUGGGGUCAGCUGGGAGAAAAUGCGGUGCUCCACCCUCACCACCCUGCUGACGGGUGUCACACUGUACCUGGUGAUGGGAGCGCUUGUUUUCCUCACCCUGGAGACCCCCGGGGAGAGCUUGGCACACAAAAACCUGCUUCAGACCCAAGAGAACUUCCUCGGUAAUAACUCGUGUGUCACUGAGUUGGACUUCGACAAACUUGUGAAGGACCUGGUGUCUGCAGUCAAGGCAGGCCUGGAUGUGAGCAACCUCCCCUCCAACCUGACCACCCGCUGGGACAUGGCCUCCGCCUUCUUCUUCUGUGGUACCAUCAUCACCACCAUAGGCUUUGGGAACCUGUCUCCUCGGACCUGGUACGGCCAGUUGUUCUGCGUGUGCUACGCCCUGGUGGGAAUCCCCAUGUUUGGCAUACUGCUGGCUGGAGUCGGUGACCACAUGGGCACAGUGCUGCGAAGAGCGGUGGCCAAGAUUGAGACCCUUUUCCUGAAACGUAAAGUCAGGCCCACGACGGUGCGUGUGAUCUCAGCAGUUCUCUCCAUCCUGAUUGGUUGUCUGAUCUUUCUCGCUGUGCCGACGGUCGUGUUUCAUCAGGUGGAGGACUGGACAUUUCUGGAGUCGCUCUAUUUUGUGGUCAUCACUCUCACCACUGUCGGAUUUGGAGACUAUGUACCAGGUGGCAGGAUCUUCAAGCCUCUGGUGUUGUUGUGGAUAGUGUUUGGUCUCGCCUACUUUGCUUCCAUUCUCACCAUGAUAGGAAACUGGCUGAGGGUGCUGUCUAAGAGGACCCGUGCUGAGAUGGAGGAGUUGAGGGCCCACGCUACAGACUGGACACAGAACAUGGACUUCCGCAUCCCAAACCCUCUGGAAUUCAACGACCCUUUCCUCCUGCAGCGACGGCGCUGGAAACGCAGUGAACGCCGACGCAUCCGCCGGGGAGCCCAGGGCACUCUGGGAUACUUGGUUCGAGGGGGAUCUGAGAAUGGACAUCUGCCGAACCGCUGGGCCGCCCUCUCCAGCUCCAUGACGCAGCUGGAGGCCCAUUCAUCUCCAGAGAGAGCGGUGGUGGUCAAGUCAAAGCCACGGGUGAAUGCUGCUGGAGGGAUAACGGUCCAGAUGGCGGUGCUAGGACAGAGGGCCGACCCUGCUGUGGAUCUGCAGAGGCCCAGCAGGAUGCAUCCUCACAUGCUGGCCCGCUCAUUCUCCGUCCCAGUGGCUCGCUCCACCUCAGAGCUGAACUCGGCAGGUGCAACCAUGCAGGAAGGAUCGCUCUCUGGAUCUGAAUCUCUGUUUGACUCCAGGUCAGACGGCUCCUCAGUCUCCUUAUCCUUCUUGGAGUUCCACAAGUUCCAGCCCAGCCAGACUAUCAGUAGCAUGGAGGAGGGAGGAACGAGAGCUGCACUCAUGACCACCGAACAAGAGGAACACAAACCGAUUCCUGCAGAGGACUUUGAAUCUGUAGCAAACAACAGCCCCGAACACCCAGCUACCCCCAGGCUUUCCUCUCACUCCUCUCCUCCUGGCCCUUCCCUCCACCCAGUCAUCCCUCCCUCCCCUCAUGUCAGCUCUGCCUCCUCAACAAGCUGCCAGCUGCUGGACUUCUUUGGAGAGAACCUAGCGUACAUCGAUGAGUCCUCAGACACGCUGAGCGAUCGCGGCCAGUCGACAGUGAACGAGGAGAGGAAGAGGCGACUGCGAAAGCCCAAGAAGAGGAGCAUGAGGAGGCAGCUGUCACACAGGUGGAGCCCCCUGCAGGUGAGGAGGCCCAGCACUGACAUGUCACCACCAUCAAAUCCCCCGCCGCCACCUCCAGACUCUUCUCUUUCAGACCUAACCCAGUCAGGGAACCAGACAGAUUCGGUUUCUGCACUCUGACGACCACCACACUCCCAGCACGCUGCCAGGUACGGCAGAACUUAAAGGCCAAUUAUUGCUUCCAUGUCCAAAUGUGCAGACCGAUAUCGACUUUGAAGAAAGCAGAUGCGCACGCAGUUCUAUUCAUGCUACGACAGGUAUGCAUCGAUGGUUCCACUGCUUCUCAUAGCAAACACAGAAGAACACACAGGACUGCUGUGGAUAUUUUCUGAAAGCCUGUGACUUUGGGCUUUUUACAGGAUAGCUGCAGAUUGGACUAUAGCCCCAUGUCAAUGUGAUGAUUCCUGACGAGUGUUGAGCACAGUGGGCAGAGAAAACACAGAAUUUCUGGAGAAUUUAGAACUUCUUACUGUUUGGGUACUAUUGAUGGAGAGCAUGUACAAAUCAUACUUCCACCAAAGUCCAGCAGUGACUGCUUGCUAAACCCUUUGAUGCACAACAUGGGUCAGGACAUACCCAUUUUCCGUUGAAUAUGGGUCACUUUUGACCCAUGUUGUGCAUCAAAGGGUUAAAUUAGAACUCUUCUAAUUAUCUAAAACAUUUGUUUUAUGCAACAUGUGUUUUCCUGGUGCCUGUGCAGUCAUCCUGGUUGAAGCGCAGACUGUCUGCGGAUCACCGAUUUUGAGCGGGACAGUGACAACUGUUCUUACCCUCGUGAACUUGGAUGGCAUAAUGUACAUCACAUGUACUCUUGCAGACCCACGAACAUGGAUAGAAUGAACUGGCCUGAAAAGUCCACAUUAAAGCUGUGGGUUUGCAGCAGUUAGAAGAUACAUACUUCAAGCAAAUCUCACCAUCAAGAACGUGGUUGAUGUUCCAGGACGUUUUAGUAUUUAUGAUUAGCCUCACUAAAUCAGGUCAGAAAUGCUGCUUUGUUCCUCUGCAGUCAUGGCUAAGAUGUCCUGACUUUACCAAACACCGCUAGUGUGCCUAAAACCAUACCUGUCUGUGUGGAAUUACCAGGUUGCUCCUACAUUGUUUUCAAAACGGGACUUAUAAGUAAAUCCCAAGAAAGAGACUAAUCUGCCUUUCAAAGAGGGAAUCAUGUCAGACUUUAAAAUGAGCCACACCUGGUUUAGAUAGUUGAUGACUAGUGUCAGGAGGCAAUGAGUCACAUCAUUAUCUAAAUGUCAUUACACAUAAUUAUCUGCUUUGUUGACCUUGCUUUCAGCCACUGAGCUCAGCUGAUUCUCGACAGACUUACUCAACACUAAAUCUCACAUCUAAGCUGGCUUUGUGAGGUUAACUUUUGUCUAUGAGCUUUAAAUUCAAUGUAGCGUUUCAUCCAGCAACACUCGUCAACCACUUCUGCUAACAUAAGAAAAUGUAAACAUUUUAACGAAAUAUCACAUUAAAAGGGAGAAAGAAUGUGGAAAGACAGCAGGAGACAUAUUUUACACAGUGAAUGACAUGUAUUUAAAGUGUGUUGAGGUCGUACUGUACUAACUAAAACUGAUCACAAGACUCUACACAUCAGGAUCUGGGUGGCUUACCACCUCGGCUAAAAAAAAAGAUUCCUGGGGGAAAAACCCUGCAAAGGGCGGAGAAACAAACCACAACAACAGGACAUCGGUUUCAAAGCACGGCAGGGCCAUUAUUCACCGUCACACCAGUGACAGUCCUGCAUGUAAUGCUGUCAAACAGGUCCAGACGGCUGAAAGCCUUCACGACUGAAGUCAUCUGAGGGAUAAAGGAAGGUGUCUGACUACUUCGAGAGAUUCUUUCAUCUGCUGGUUUGUGAAACUGCUCUUGAAUGUUUUCAAGGCAUUAAAAGGGUUAAAAAAUCAGUCAGACAAACAUCUGUGUGUUUUCACCUCAGUUAUGAAAAGGUAUAAAGCUAUUAAAACAAACUUAUUUGUAAGUCAGUGGCAUGAACCAACUGUACUAUCAACUGUACUAUCAAGUCAGUGCUGGAGGGAAUCUGCUUGUGGCCACUACUCUUGACUGAUACAGUUUAUUUUUAAGACUCCGUCGCUACAUAAAUAACUGCAGGUUUUUCUAAUUGUGUACACACCUUAACUGUGCUGCCCAUCCUCAGUUUAACCCUGGUGGAUGUGUAAUAAUGUCUUUAAGUGACCCAUUAAAAUGAUGAUUAUCAGGCCUCUCAGCUUACACACACACACAAACACACACACAGAGUUAUUUGACAUUAACAUGAACUCCCCUUGCAGUAUUUUCUUUUUAUAUAAUUGUGAUGAUUGUCUUAAAUGGUCCAUGUGGACUUUCUGACCCCGUGAUGGACUAUUUAUACAUGUGUACAGUCUUGUUAGGUCACACACAGUUUAUGCACACUCGGACACGCACUGAUGUAAGACAUAUUGCAGCAAAUGGUUCCAUGCUUCCACUGCUCAACAGACGGCAGCAACAUGUUAAGAAACACAGUAACACGGCAACAGAGGCAGUGAAAGCAGCUGUGUUGUGGCUUUAAUUUAUGCAGGUUUUAAACUAUAAGAAGAUGCAAAUGUUUUAAGAGGAAGUAUUUUGAAACCUUGAAACUGUGCAAACCCUGCAGCACCUUUUCAGUGAUGCUGAGUGAUAUAAAACUUGUUUUAUGAGCUGAAAGGGUUUUUGACUCAUGGUUAAUAUGUGUACUUUUAAACAGGGCUUCGUUUGUCUAAAAAUAUAAAGAAAAAAGUCAAUUACAACUCAUGAAUCAUGGGGGAACAAUUUCAGUAAACAAAAACAGAGGUAUUAUUCUCCAGUAAGACGAUGUGUUUUUGUAAAGAAGAUGGUGAAUUACAUGUUUACAAAUCCCAACAUAUGAGCACAUAAAUAAACACUCACCUAAAUUAUGAAUUAUCAAGGCAAAAGUCAGCGUUAAUAUCUGGCUUCACACAGGACUCAACUCCACAUUCAGACACCACAUCCUCCUCCUAUUAUGGUCUUUGUUGCUCAUUUCACUAAUCUGAGGGCUGCACUACGAAGCAAGAUUAGUGGGUUAAUGAGGUAUGAUGAGCCUAAAGUCAUUGUUUUCGGUAUCUCAAAGGUGACUCCAUGUUAACCUGCUAGAUCACCAUGGUAACUGAUGCUGCUCAGAUACCCUGAGUUUGGGAUUUAAAUCAGCUUCAAGAGUCUCCUUUUAAAUUUCUUUCCUGAUGAUAUUCUGUAUCAAAGUCUACGCUGAGGGAAUGUGUUGUAUCUGCAAACCUGCUGAGCUGUACGCUACCAAUCCCACUAAAUGAAGCUGUUCAGCUACAGCAGGACAAACUGGAUGCAUUAUGUUGCCAUGGUAACUUACACGCUUUCAGUUGGUUAUGCAGAAAAUGCAUAAAUAAGUCCUGAUUUGUUUUACAGAGUUUUAACGCAGCUGUUAGAACACAGAUUAAAAUGUUUAUUGGUC